AUGGCUGAUCAAACGCCAAUGGUGAAUGGCACUGACAUUUCGCGGUCACCAUCCGCUCCAUUGUCAACGACCUAUUCAUCAUCAUCAAACCAUCCGCUGGGAUUUCCUUGUACAAAAUGCAAGGCAAGACACAGACGCUGUGACCGCACUAAACCAAUUUGCAACACCUGUCAGAGUAUGGGCUUUGCAGCUGAAUGCUCAUAUCCUUCUGCGGCUUUACCAGUUACUGAGAACAAAAGUGCCGAGAACAGAAUCACCCAGAAGACUGGUGCUCCAUUCUCAGGGCUAAUGUUCAAUAAUGCCUUACCUUCAACGGGUGGCAAAAGACCAAGAGCUGCAGACAGCCCUGAACGAACUGAACUUGUUAAUGCUGUAGUUGGAUUACCCAUCCAGAAUGAUUCCAGCCACCAGCAGACGAAGAUACCCCAGCAGUCUCCUGCGAAACGGCAGAAGAUAUCUGAACUUGGCUCUGGAAGUCCCGCUAGGCAACCUGCGCUAGCACAAGGUCAGGUCACACCGUUUGGCACCGGUAUGCCCAGUGGAAGUAGGCCGAAUCCUCUACCCCGCAUACGCAGUAUCUCUCCUACUCUGCGUGAAGAUGAAACGGUGCUUCGGUGCAACUUGACCACUGAAAUCAACGUUCAGAGAAUGAAACAUCGCAAUCUUGCAGCAGGGGCUCUGCGCAACAUUAUAAAGCUACUAAAGAAAGCUAAGAUUGAACGCCCGAGCCCUGAACCUCCGAGCACCGAACCUACAAUUUCUCGAUUGGGGGAUACUCAAUUGAAUGAUGAGUGGUGUGAAGAAGAUGAUCUUAUGGAAGUUGCAUUCCACAAGCUAGAGAAGGGUGGCCGAUGCUCCCGCGCUCUUCUCAGUCGCUUUGAGAACUUCUUGUACGGGCCAUUGAUGAGCCCCGAGGAGAAGAGGAUGCAAGAGCGUAUCAUAUGCGUUGAAGAGUGUCUGUCAAGUGCAUCGGCUGAACCGACAUCCAACCACAACGAGCUGUUUCUGCAUCGCCUAAGCAAAGUCACGUCUAAUCCUGAUGCCUAUGGCUUGGACAAGAAAGACUCACGCAUCGGAUUCCUCCGCAAUCAUCUCCUUACAGCCAUAUCGGCCAAAUCCAAGCUGAGCCGUGCGAACUGUAAGAAAUUUGCGGAGCUUUUAGACCCUGAUGGAGAUAUUGCCAAUGCCAACUUGGACAGUCCAGUUGUCAAAGCAGAAACUGCGACCUCAAAAAGGAAGGUGCCACCCAAACCCACCUCUCCACGCGUGCCUUCUUCGUACACGCCAGGAUCACCAUCGCGACCAACUCGUAAACAAAAUCCUGCCCUCUCUCUGUCUCCUUCACCAACCCAUCUUCCUUUCCCUCCCUCUCAUUCAUCUUUAUAUACUCCACAUCUGGAGUCCACCGAUGUGACUGACGACACCAUGAUUCCUGUAACAAACUUGAAGCGCAAGAUCACCAAGCGCGUGGUUUCGGUUCCUCGCAGCCAGUUGUCGCAAUCCAACGAUACCGCAGCCUCUCCUGCCACGCAGUCUGCGUCCAAGAAACGUCCUACUUCUGACGGCCAAUCUAACGACAUUACUGUCCCACCUUUAAAGCGUGCCGCUUCUGGCACUCAUUUGUCAAACCCCGACGAGAUUUUCGUCCCAUAUCCAGACCGUACUACUUCUCACAAUCAGUCAUCGAACUCCGACGACGCCAUUCCAUCAUCUCCUAACAAUGAACUCGUUCCGGGUCCCAGCCGUGCUACUUCUGACUGCCAGCCCCUCAGCUCCGAAAUCCCGAACAGACUCUGGAAUAUCUUCGUUGCGAAACACGCUCCUAUGCUGCCUAUGCUCAAUCUCGACCAACUCAAAGCCGGUUUCGCCCUGGCUGUCAACCAUGGGAAAGUCGGACUCACAGCCAUUGAACCAACCUUUGGGUUUUGCAUUGCAAUUGCCUCCCAACUCACUCGUGAUAAGCAGCUCUGGCAAGCUCGCAUAUGGUACGAUGCAGCUCGAUCUAACAUGGCUCAUACCAUCGAUUCUCGACCCUCGAUUCAAUUUUUCCAUCACCAAAUCCUCCAAAUCCACUACCUCCAAAUUGUCGGACACCUGCGAAUGGCUUGGGACAUCUUAACUAUGGCUAUUGGCAGAGCGCAAUCUCUUCGCAUGCAAACUAUGCACGGUGGAUGUCUCGCCGUGAAUGAAGACUCGUUGCAGCACGUUCGGAUGGUAUGGCAGUGUCUCUGGACGAAGAAACUAUCUCUCACUCUUCAGUUUGGCGUUGUCGAUCAAUCCCUUGACACCUUUUACGAGUCACCCAUGCCGAUGCAGUCAUUCAUUCAAGAUAACCUGGGAGUGUCUGGCGCUGAAACAAUGGAACGUCGCCGCGCGGCAUCUUCUUUUUUCAUUGUUUAUGCUUCCCUUAUCAACUACACUGACGAUUUGAUCACCGUUGAAAAUGAUCUACGUGUGACUCGCAUGGAAUGCCCCAUCAAAUGGCUUUCUGUUGUGGACCUGCGUGGCUUCCAGGAACUGAACGAAAAGCUGUCGAGCUGGAAGAAUGGUCUGCCCAACUGUCUGGAAUGGAAAGGCCCGGGCAUCGACUUCACCAUGGAGAAGGAUCCUCUUAUUCGUUGCAUGUCUGUCCUGGCUCAUUUGCGAUUUGUCUAUUUCCGACUUCGUCAAUACCGGCCUUUCUUUAUUUUGACCCUGCGACUUUCCCAAUCGUGCGCUUGUGAAAUGAGCCCUCAUAUCACUGGCAAGGACAUCGAUUCUGUGGACGCGUCUCCUUUCCUUGGCCUAGUGUUUUAUAGUGCUGUCAAAUGCUUGAAUGCUGCCCAGGAGAUUGUCAAAACUAUCAGUGCAUCCCAUGCACACGCGCGUGAUGAGCAUGCUAAGUGUGAACAUCUUGAGUACCUCUACGCCGCUGCUGCUAUUCUGAUCGCCGCCCGAGCGGUCCCUGGUGUGAUGAAUGGCACUGGGCCAGGCAUGUUUACAACUGCACCGAUCACGAAGUCCAUCACGACGAUGGUGGAGGAGCUCCGAACCAUUGAUACGCUGCUGCGCAAUUUCCAGGAAAGUUGCGAGCAGGCACCGAAGUUAAGGGCCCGCAUUGAGCGUGUGCGUGCCGCAUUGGAACACAUCAAACUGCAAUCGGUCUCAUCGGAUGGACUGAUCAUGGAUAAUAAUUUGCGGUUCAGAAGUACUGUCUGGCAAAAAAUCUAUGAUAGACUCGGGCUUGAUCUCCCUUUCGAGAGGUUCCGUCUGGCUCCUGGCUCCGUGGUUUCCGGCCGUAGGAUGACGCUUGGCUGGAUCGAAAGUCUGCCAGUCGACAUGGACAGCGGCAAUUGA